AUGGAUGAUACACGCGUCAAUAUCGACCCCGAUGGAGAUACACUAAUACUUCUUCCACCCGACCAAAAAUUUGGCAGCCAAAAUAACAUCAAGAACCACAGAAGGCACUUUUUUAAAGUAUCAAUGAAGCAGCUCUUGAAAGCUUCUUCUUACGUAAAAUACAGAUUAGAUGGGCCAUUUCAAGAGAUAAAGCCGCAAGCCGACGGUCUCCGAUACUGGAAGUUUGAUCCCAUAUUUGAUCCAGAAGCUUUCAAAAUUGUGAUGAGCAUUUUUCAUGCACAGUUCAGAGAAAUUCCCGAUAUAGUAUCUCUGGAGAUGCUGUCGAACAUUGCGCUUAUUGUUGAUGAGUUAAGAUGUGCAGUGUCAGUCCGCCAUGUUGGGAAACUUUGGCUUACAGAACUUGAUAAGGACAUUGAUCCUGACGAAGAUGUGGAAUACGACGGUAUUACUUGUGCGCGCAAUAUUUUUAUCUCCGAAAUUUUUGGGCUUAGAGAUAGAACUGAAUGGGCGGGUAAGAUGGCAAUAUUUUGGUCUCCUGACAUUUAUUCGAGAUUCGAGUUACCAAUUCAUCCGUAUAUUCCAAGUAAGGAACCACUCAAGAGAGUUCUCUUAGUUAAAAGCUGA